AAAAUAAGAAGGAAGAAGGAGAAAGAAAGAGAAAAAUAUAUCAUCCCAAAAUUUGCAGUGACAGAAACGUGUCACGUCUCUUCAUCUGACUAAAUGGCGAACGUGUGCGGAUUGAGGACCCUAAAAAAUGAACCAGUGCCCCUGAAGUCGGUGGAGGUGCAGGUGGAUGUCCAGGGUCACGUGGCUUCUGUCAGCUCCACCCUUCAGUAUGAGAACCAGGAGUCCAGUCCAGUGGAGGCCGUCUUCAUCUUCCCCAUGGAGAGUAACGCCACCAUCUACAGUUUUGUUGCCCGCAUUGGGGAUGUUGAGAUUAAGGCCCAAGUCAAAGAGAAAGCGCAGGCUCAGGAGGAGUAUGACGAUGCCGUCAGCUCAGGGCAGCAGGCCUUCCUCCUGGAGGAGAGCGAUGAAAGUUCUGACGUGUUUCGCCUGAGUGUCGGGAGUCUUCCUCCGGGACAGAGUGCCUCUGUUACGCUGAGCUACGUGACUGAGCUGGCCGUACAGGCUGAUGACGCCCUGAGGUUCUGGUGUGACUGA